AUGCUGACCGAAUUCGACGGAACAUGUGGAUGCAUCGGUCUUCAGCUGAAUCUGAAAAAGACGAUGUUCAUGCGCAACGGAUGGGUCUCGGAUGCCCCAUUCACGCUCAACGGAACGGACAUAUCCGAAUGCACCAGUUACGUUUAUCUGGGACGGGAUUUGAACAUGAUGGACAACCUGACCCCCGAGCUGGGCAGGAGGAGACGAGCGGCUUGGGGAAUGUACAAGAGCAUCGGGAAUGUAGUGAAGAAGACCAGGAAAACCCGGCUCUGUUCUCACCUCUGCAACACCACCGUACUUCCUGCUUUGACGUAUGCUUCGGAAACCUGGGCAUUUCGCAAGCAGGAAGAAAACGCAGUGAACGUCAUUGAACGCGCAAUUGAGAGAGUGAUGCUAGGAGUAUCCCGUUUCGUGCAACUGAGGGAAGGGAUUCGAAGUUCUCUCCUACGUCAGCGAUCGAAGAUUAGAGACGCCGCCGCGUUUGCCAAGUAA